CUGACUGAAUCUGAUUGUUUUGAAAGCCCCAGUAGAUACACAUAGUAUUUUGAACAGUCUGACAGGUUUCUGUUCCAGUAUGGGCACACACGCAAGAUUUCUAUUCUGCUGGCUUUGUCUUCAAGUGAUCUUUGCCACUGUAUUGUCUGAUGUGUGGAAGGCAGAAGUUGUCUCUGAAUUGAAAACGCUGGUCUCUUCUUGUGUUGUCCUGCCCUGCAAGUUACAGUACCCUGGAAAACAACUUCCAGACUCACGCAUUAGGGGAAUCUGGCACCAACAGGCCAAGCAUGAUCAAAGAAUCUAUCAUGAAGACUCUACUGAAAUUGCAGACAGCUUCAAGGGUCGCACCAGACUUCUUGGCCACUUGGGUGAAAAAAACUGCACUUUAGAGAUAGAUGAGGUCAAAAAUCAUGACAACGGCCCGUUCUGUUUCAGGGCUGAGAUCCCAAGUAUAGAUAAGUAUUCUUUCGUGGAAAGCUGUGUGGCCCUCUCCAUGAUGUCGGCGCCAGAGAAACCAAAGCUGGAACAAAUGAAAACCUUGGAAGAUGGAGUUCCUGCUACGUUCAAGUGUUCUAUCAGACACACCUGCCCCUCCCAUCCCCCCACCAUCACCUGGAGCCGUUCAAAUAGUGAAGCGACUUUGAGCAACAGGGACAUUCUUCAUGGAAACUGGGAAGUGGAAUCCUUGCUGAUUUUCAUCCCAACAGAGAAGUUUGAUUUCACAGACCUCAAUUGCACCGUCAGUUUCCACGGCGGCCUGCAGUCUUCAGUUUCUUCUCUCAUACACGUGAAACGUAAAGCAAACUUCUUACACAUCAUAAUUUCAGUUGUGGCUGUGCUUGGAACCUCUCUUUUAUUUGGAGGGGUGUGCUACAUCAUCUGCAAGAAAUAUAGGAGACAGACCCAAGAUCUCCAAUCUAGAAACGCAAGUGUAAUAUGGAGUCGAAUGUCCAGAAUGUCCCAAAGAUUCAGGAAGUCACCACGUUCAGGAGAGGAUGAGCCAGACCAUAAAGUACCAUGGAAUCAUCGCAGAAAUGAAACUGACCCGCAUAUGGCCACAAAGUACAACUAUUAUUGAACAAAUGGCCUGCAGCAACAUGUUUAUCUGACUACACUGGCGAUCCCUAAUGAGAAUGAAUGAUGAUGGAAGUUGGAAGUUUUCACUUGCAUAGAAAUAUACAUUCUGCAUAGCUCCUGCGUAAUACUGUAUCAUUCUACCCAAGUAGUUCAAAUGGCAGUCCCAGGGUAAAAAACAUUUUUCAGAUCUUAGAUCUUUCUCUAGGACCUUGUUCUGACUGCCAGCCCAAGAUUUUUGGCAUAUCAAGAUUAUAUCCAGUGUGGACCCAUUGAAAUGGUUGCAAAUUGGAUCCAAAUCACAUGUGAAAUGUGAUUCCAAUCCAAUUUCUGAUGCGUCUCAGUGUAGAUUCCCUGGCCACUCUAACUGGAUUUAAAAGUCACGAUUUAAAAUUGUGACACAACAAACGACGUCAAACAGCAUCAAAUCCAGAGUGACAGAAGUGCUGGGAUUCAAG